ACCAACCUGCAACCCCGGUUCCUUUCUCCCACACCUCUGUUUCUCCCUGUUUCUCUUCUUCCUCUAGCAACGGUCAAUCACCUUACACCGCUUUCCAUCUCUCUCUUUCUCUCUCUAUGCGAUGGCAAACGCAGCAGCAAAUUCUCAAUCUUCCCGAGUCAGAGUUGUGCUGAGAGUUCGUCCCUUUCUUCCUUCGGAGAUCGAGUCCAAGGAGAGGAGCCCGAUCCCAUGUAUCACUCUGCUCGACCAGGAAAACCAUAUUGGUCAGGAAGUCACCGUUCACAUCAAAGACCAAUGGACAAGCCGAAACGAGUGCUACCAUUUAGAUUCAUUCUUUGGGCAAGAAGACCGAGUGGGUCAGAUCUUCCAGAGGGAAGUCAGUACUGUGAUUCCGGGGAUCUUUCAAGGAUUAAAUGCCACUGUGUUUGCUUAUGGGGCAACAGGUAGUGGAAAGACGUACACGAUGCUGGGAACGGAGGAUGAACCAGGCCUGAUUCCAUUAGCGAUGUCAACCAUUCUCUCUUCGUGCAAGAACGCACAAGGCUCCGUGGAGAUUGCAUACUAUGAAAUUUACAUGGACCGGUGCUAUGAUUUGUUAGAGCCUAAGGCGAAGGAGAUCAUGACUCUUGAUGACAAAGAGGGAAGGCUUCAAAUGAAGGGACUUUCUUGGGCCCCAGUGCACUCGAUGGAUGAGUUCUGUGAUGUUUUUUCUACUGGUGUCCAAAGGAGAAAAGUAGCGCACACAGGUCUUAAUGACGUCUCCAGCAGAAGCCAUGCAGUGCUUGCAAUUGCUGUUACGAAUGGUGCUGUUAAAGGGAAGCUUAAUCUCAUAGACUUGGCAGGUAAUGAAGAUAACAGAAGAACCUGCAAUGAAGGAAUCCGCCUCCAAGAGAGUGCAAAGAUUAAUCAAUCUUUAUUUGCUUUAUCGAACGUCAUAUAUGCUCUCAACAACAGCGAGCCAUGGAUUCCCUACCGAGACAGCAAACUGACAAGGAUAUUGCAGGAUUCACUGGGAGGGACCAGUCGUGCUUUGAUGAUCGCUUGUCUCAAUCCAGUGUCCUACCAAGAAGCAGUCCACACUGUCAGCUUGGCUGCUCGCUCUCGCCAGAUUGUAAACUAUCUAGGAUCCGCCAACAAAAAGGAGAUCCCAAAAGUGAAAGUUGAUAUGGAGGCAAAGCUUCGAGCCUGGCUUGAAUCUAAAGGCAAGACCAAGCGAAUUCAAGGAAUAAAAGGCCCUUGUUCUCCGUUUGUGGGCAAAACUCCAACCUCUAUUAGCUAUCUAAAGCAACCAGGAUCAGUCCGGUCUUCUGCAAAAGUAAAGACUGCUGAUAGGGGUGCCACUAAGGGGAGGAAGCUAUUUGAUUCAGGGGCUCCUAUUUCAGCUGCUAAGAAAGUAUGUGCUCAUCUUCAACCAGACGGCGCAUUAUUCCCAGACAUGAAUGCUCUCCCUAAUUCACAUUCAUUUUUGCAUCAGGGAAACAUAUUUCCAAGUGAUCUUGCUGCAGAUAAUGCAUCACUCUUGAAGGAAAAAAUAGGUCCAUUCAAAGUAGAUAAAGAAGUCCAGCAUGACAUCAGGCUUGACAGCUCUUCAUGCAUUGUAAAGGAUGAGAUCUGUGAAGGUCUCACACACGCUUUGUAUGACAGGGUUCAAGAAAAGACAUCUGAGAAUAUGCACUCAUGCGGAGCUAGCUAUUCAAAAGAACAUGAUGAUGGUCUGCUAAAUUAUUGUUCAUCCCUUCAUGAAUAUGAGAACUCUGAGAUAUAUAUGGCAACUCAAGAUGGUGGUGAUCAGUUAGAGCCGUCUAAGGUUGUACCAUUGUCCCUUAUUGGAUCCAAUGAUGAUAACAGAGAGAAUACUGAUGAUGCUAAGUUCUCCAAGACGUUUGAUCUUCCUGGUAUCAGUUGGUUUGGAACCCCUUUUGAGAAGGAGAAUUUACAUCUUCCUUUUAUAAAUAAUGUGGGAUCGCCAGCAGCCACUGAAAGGAUUAGAGAAUUGAAAAAUUCUCUUAGAAAAGUUCUGUCUCCAGUUUCAUCCAACAUAGGAGCAGUCAAGCAUCUGUCAUCUGAUGACUGCGUUUGUCUCAUUUUGUUAGACCCAAAAACUCCAAAAUCAACUUGCGAGAGGGAUGAAGUUGGAAUUUCUGGCACCCCUCUUGACAAAUUCAAUGCAUUGAGCUCUAACUUGAAGGAGUCUCUUCUUCAGGAAUAUCUUGCAUUCUUGAAUGUUGCUAGCAAGGAGGAGCUUAUUCAGUUAAAGGGCAUUGGUCAAAAAAGAGCAGAAUACAUCCUCGAGCUGCGGGAGCACACACCCAGGCCUUUGAAAUCACUCUCUGAUUUGGAGAAGAUAGGCCUUUCUUCCAAACAGGUGAAUGGCAUGUUUAGAAGAGCCGCCAGAGGAAUCUUCAAUUAACAGGACGUUCUUUGUGCAAUAGGCUUAGAAGGGAUAUCAAUUCAUCUGGUCUGAUCUAGUGGCUGCAGCUUCUUGUAACAUCAAGAUAUAGCAAUGACCCACUUAUACUGAUUGCUGAAUUGUGGCUACAGCUUCUUGUUCUAUAACUUAAGUGUGGCAACAUAUCAUAGUUGCUUCCUAGAAGUUAGAACAUUCAGAGAGCCUGAGUUGAUAAAUCCUCCUUCAGGGUCAAUUUUAUUGGUGGUCAGGUUUAUUGUUUUCCUUCGGACCUUUUAGUUCAUUGUUGUUGUUGCUGUUGCUGCUAUUAUUCCUCCAUGAUCAGGUUGUAUAGUUUUUUAAGUUAUUGCUAUGUAUUUCAUGCUGGUUUUGCUUGGGAAAUCAUGUUAUUGUUACCAUGUCUGAAGAGUAUUUUAGCAUUAAUGCUGGCAAAGAAGAAUCUUGA